CAAGAAUGCAUUGGCAACACUAAUUCCGCAAAAACAAAAUAUAAACAAACAACAUUAAUCUGAUAAUGCUGAUCGUUGAUUUUAUUAUCGCGUUAUUGAUUGGCUUAUGAUGGAUUCGGAGUGGCUCGAUAAUGACGAUGAGCUGGCAGCGGCAUUGGCGAUCCACGAGCAGCAGGAAACUGAGGAAAGCGGGAGUGGGACCAGAAUGUCCCCUCCUGGAGUUGCAGAUGACGCUUGCGAGGGCUUUGAUCUGUCUGCUGGCCACAACUGGAUCUAUCCGACCAACAUGCCCCUGAGAUCCUACCAGCAGGCCAUCGUCCAAUCAGCCCUAUACAAGAAUACCCUGGUGGUGCUGCCCACGGGCUUGGGCAAGACCUUUAUUGCGGCUGUGGUCAUGUACAACUUCUACCGAUGGUAUCCUCAGGGAAAAAUUGUCUUUAUGGCUCCUACCCGGCCACUGGUUGCCCAGCAGAUCAACGCAUCCCAAAAGAUAAUGCCAUUUGCCGCAGCUGACACUGUGCAGCUGACUGGUCAACUUGCUCGCCCCAAACGGGCGCAGCUGUGGGAAUCAAAGCGAGUCUUCUUCGUCACACCCCAAGUGGUUCACUCGGACAUGCUGGAAGCGGAAGGCGGUGCGACGUUUCCAUUUUCCUCUGUUAAACUGGUUGUUGUGGAUGAGGCACAUCGGGCGAAAGGUCGAUAUGCCUACACACAAGUGGCAGACAGCAUGAUGGCCCACAAUCGCAAUUUUCGGAUGCUGGCCCUGUCCGCAACUCCGGGCAGAACCAUGGACGAUGUGGCCACCGUUUGCCAGAACCUCUUCAUCUCUAAUCUGCAAGUACGCUGGGAUACGUCAAUCGACGUUCAGCCAUACAUUCACCGUCGCACGAUACGCACAAUAGUCGUUUCUAUUAAGGAUCGAAUAAAGGAACCCCGGGAACAAUUGCUUCAGAUCAUAGAGCCAUAUCUGAGGCAACUUAUUGAGGCGGAUAUUAUCAAGGGGAACAAGGGAAGCAUAAGCAAGAAUAGCUUGUUGUACGAGCAGAAAUUGUUCAUUGAUCGAUCGACCCAAAACCGACACCCGGAGCACAACAUAAUCAUGGGAAAUUUUUCCAUGUGCAUCAGUUUGUACCAUUCUCUGGAGCUAAUGGAACGCCACGGACUGCGGGUUUUUGUUAACAAUUUUGAUGCGGAUGAGGAUGGUAGGGAGAAAUUUGUCCUAGCCAGGGAUCGUCAACUGAGGGACUUGGUGGAGCAGGUGCGGCAGGAACUGGGAGCCAAUCCACUGAACUACACCACUAAUGCCAUGACAAAUGGCGAGGUGCCGCCUUUGCCGGCAGAUCUUGAUUUUGGGCACGCCAAGUAUGAAAAGUUGAGGCAGGUUCUACUCCAGCAUUUUGAAUCACAUUCUGAUUCGCGAGCUAUUGUUUUCUGUGAGUACCGUGAGUCCGUGAUGCUGAUUCAACGUCUACUGCUGCAGCACAGACCUCUACUGCGUCCCCGCUGCUUUGUUGGACAGGGUGCCACCGUGGGAGCCAGCUACGCCCUCACCCAAAAGCAGCAGCUCCAGAUCAUGGCCGACUUCCGAUCCGGCACCAGUAACGUACUAGUUGCUACCUCGAUCGGGGAAGAGGGAAUCGACGUGGGUGAGGUGGAGAUGAUUGUGUGCUUUGACAUCUGCAGUUCCAAUCCCACGCGAUUUGUCCAAAGGAUUGGACGGACGGGUAGGAAAAAGAAUGGAGAAGUUGUAAUGCUGGUAACCGAGGGUCGGGAGCAACAGAUUCUCAAAGAUGUCCUUGCACACAAGGAUCAGAUUAACAGAAAGAUCCUCAACUCAUCUGCCGUGCAAGUGUCUCUUUACCAACAUAAUCCGCGAAUGGUUCCACUACAAUUUAACCCAAAGUGCGAGGAGAAACACAUGGAGACGGCUGUUGAGGAGAAACCGAAACCCACGGCCAAGAAAAAGGAGCCUAAGAAGCGAAAGGAACUGCCUGUAAAGACCGGUAAUCUGCGAAAAUAUUUUAAGGAGACUGCUCCUUCGGAAAGCCAGCAAGGUAUCCUGCAGGGAAUGCCAGCCUAUACAAUGAGCGAAGCUUCCCAAGCAAUGGUCAAAGAGCAAGUGUCUCGCCGGAGUAUUACCCUCAAGAACUUCCUCGUGGAAACUCAGGCCACAUCCAGCACCACUACCAGCAGUAGUCAAGAAGAAGUGCAGCGUCUUCGAAAGCUCAACCGCCUCCUGCAGUCGAACAAGCCGAUUAUUCCAGAAUCCCAAGAUCUAAUUAGCCAUUUGAAUGAUGAAUACUUGCCUCGAACAUUGAAACUAUAUUUGUUGCAAAGUAAUCCGGACUUUGUAAAGGACAUCCAUACGAAGGUGCUGCUUCAGAGCCAGCUCGACAUAGCUGAUAAUCGCUUGAAUAGCCGACAACAGCGCACCAGGAACAACUAUAAAUUGAUUUUAGAUAUUUGCAACGGACCUGAGAAGGUGGAGGAACUAAUGCAAGCGGACGAAUCAGGUGCUGAAAUUACUCUAAGAGACUUUGAGGAUCCGUUGGAAGCCAAGAGAGACAAGCGCUUCAUGGCCACAUGUGAUACAAUAUUUAAGGGCCUAGAUGAACAAGGCUUAAACACAGACAACUUCGAACUGAAACAGCAGCUUCUGGAAAAGCUGGAGAUGCGGAAUCUAGAAGCUACGGUGAAUGAGCAACUAGGAGGCAUAGAAACCAGCUGGGACGAGGAGGAAGUUGAGGAUCCCAUGGAGGAGCAAUGUGAUUCCUUGUACUUGAGCCAGAAGACUGAGCUGGAGCCUUUCGAACCGAUUCAUCACAGUUCUACCCCUAUAAGAGUAAAACCCCUGAGCAAACUGAUGUUUGAGCCUCCACCGAAGGAGGAUGCCACAGAUUUGGGAGACACCUUAUCCCGCUUGAAUGGAUUAAUGAGCCUUUCGGUGUUGAAUGCUGAGUCAUCCGGUAGACCAUCUCCAGACCCGCCACCCAUUACGGAAAGUACGAUAUACCCAAUCAGUCAAGGAGGCAGCCCAGUAAAAACAGAACUCUGUCCUGAUCAGGAACAUGUAGAGUCCACUCCUGAAGACUUGGAUUUAAUACCGAUCCCAGAAGAAGAAAAUCUUUCUAGCCAGAAGAAGCUCGAAAAGUGCAAGGAAGAAUUAGCCUCACUCCUGGAGGAGAUGGAUAUUUUUCUUGAGCCGAUGGACGAGGAAGUUGCGUUAAUAAGCCAGCAACAGAAGGGUGAUUCCAACGAUCCGAAAACUGAAUCAAAAUAUUUGGAAAAGCCAGGGAAAGUCAAAGAUGAUGAUACCAUGGAUAUUUUUCUUGAGCCUAUGGACGAGGAAGUCGCAUCAACAAGCCAGAAACAUAAAAGUAAUGCCAAUGAAUCGAAAUGUUUGGAAAAAAAAGAGAAAGUCAAAGAAGAAGAUUUAUUUCUUGACGAUUUGGAUGAUUUUUGGGAGCCCAUGGCGGAGGAAGUGGCAUUGAUGAGUCAACAAGACAAGAAAGGUAUUAAGGAGCAGCCAGAGGAUGUAAAACAGGAACCAAAAAUAUAUAACAAGGAUUUGGAUUUCCAGCUGGACGAUUUUGAUGAUUUUCUAGAGCCCAUGGCCGAGGAAGUUGAGCUAAUGAGUCACCAAAAAGAAAAUAAUAAGAAAGAAAAGAAAGUGGAAUCAAUGCCGAAGCCACUGGACCUUUAUAGUCCACAGAAAAGGGAAUUGAUUUCACCAACACUGGAAUCUAAAGAAAACAAACCUCAGUCGGCUCCCUGUGGCUCACCCAAUAUUUUUGACUGCGACUCCUUGUCACCUUGGAAGCCUCAAGGCAAAACUCUGGCCGCCAAAUUAGCAGCCAAAGCUUCAUCAAAACAUCCAUGUAGUCCAUCAAGCUCAAAGAAGUGCCCACAAUCUCCCGAAAAUCGGAAACCCACAAAUCCGCAGGGUCAAGAGAAAUCGCCGAGUAUAUUCGAUCUAUAUCUGAAGCGGAUGCGGGGUCAUGGACGACUUGCCAAAGCAGCUGCAUCUCUGCAUCGGAUGACUUCUACAACUACACCCACGACAGGAAGACAGCAGAAAGAGCAGGAAGAGGAUUCCCCUGUGAUACGACGGCCAUCAAAGAGAAAGAUAAUCAUAAGCUCGGAUGAGGAGGCGGAUGAAAAGCCCUCAUCUCAAGUUCCAAGCACGCAGGCUGAUUGUGACUUCGAUGAUGUCCAGCUAAUUCCUGAUACCCAAAUGCUGGAUACACCAUCUCCCCCGAUACAGGCUCGAAAGAAACGGAGAUAUUAUAAUUCAUUUAUAGCUGAUGAGGCCGAAAAAAGUGGGUCGGAUCAUGAUGAGGAAGCCGAGACUACGAUUGGAACUUACCUGAAGGAUUCUGUGAUAGUUUCAAGCGAUGAAGAUGAUCAUAACGAUACUAAUAUGCAUGCCAUUUACCUGCAGGCAGCACGGAGUCCAAUCCAACGACCCGGUGCCUUUAAGAUGCCAGCUCCUAGGGCUUAUCUCAAUGAUUCCCAAAUAUUCUCCCAGCCAGUGGAAGAUGACAUAUCCCAGUACCUGCCCGGUUCGUUCAUCGUUGACGAUGACACCUCUACAACAGAAAGGGGACUUGACGUUUCCGAAUGUCCAUUAGAAAAAGCAGAAAGAAUUUUAAAGGAAAGGCGAAGGCAACGGAGAUUGGGAAUACAGCCACCAGAUCCUCCUCCUAACAAGCGUCGUCGAGUCCAAACGAUCAGCACUUCCAGUGACGAAGACGACGUGAUUUUCGUAAAGUAAUAGGAUAACCUCUUGUGCCAUUGACUGCCGAAGUUAAAACUCAUCCGCCAUACAAAUUGUGAUCAUGUUUAUAAUAACCUUAAGCUACAAAUUUAGCAAAGAACAUCAUAAUAAUCCUCAA